AUCUGUACCAUAAAGGUGACCAGCCUCAAGACUUUGCACCAAUGUUGCGCUUGAUCGUAACAUCCCUGUGCCUCCGGUGCCAACAUGUCACAGCUUCACCUUUAAAUCUCAGGCCAUUUGCAACCCUGAGCCCAGGAGAGAACCAGCAGACAGUUGAGGAUCUCUAUGACCUCUCUGUUGACAUCCAGAAAGUCCGGAAAUUUAAGGGCUGGGUCCUGCAUCAGAGCCCAGCCUAUACUAAAGAUGUAGCUGACCUGCUGAAGGCCAUGGGAGCCUCGGGCUCUGUUGUUGCCCGGAUCCUAGAAGUUCACCCUGAGGCAGUCCUCUGUCACCCAGAGCAGAUGCAGGCUCAGAGAAAGCUGUGGAUGUCUGUGUGCCCAAACGAGAAGGAGCUGGUUGGUAUCAUUGAGAAAUUCCCGGCCUCCUUCUUCACCUCCACCAGCCACCAUGACAACCAGCGGAACAACUUGGCUUACUUCCAGAGCUUAAACCUCAACAAGCGGAUCGUAACCAAACUCAUGGCUAGUGCUCCUCAAAGCUUCAGCCAGCCACUAGAACAGAAUAAGGUGAUGGUGCGCACCCUCCAGCAGGCCUACCAGGAUCUUGGGGGAGAGGAGGCCAACAUGAAGACCUGGCUUCAGAAGCUACUGAGUCAGAACCCCUUUGUCCUCCUCAAGUCUCCUGAGGUGCUGAGGCAGAACCUGCUGUUCCUGAAAGACCAGGGCUUUAGCGCAGCAGAGCUCCUUCACCUCAUCUCCAAACUCAGGGGCUUUGUCACUGAGCUCAACCCAGACAGCAUGCAUCGUACCCUGGCAUACUCUCAGGACGCCAUGGGCUGCUCCAAGGCAGAGCUGCGGGACAUCAUCCUCAACUGCCCGGCUCUGCUUUACUACCCUGAAGCUAUUCUGGCUGAACGCAUUAAGAGCCUCCUUAGCGCCAGGAUCAGCAUGUCUCAAAUCAUAGAGACUCCAACCGUUUUGGAACUUACCAUGCAGAUAGUGAUUUAUCGCAUCCAGCGACUGAAGGCACACGGUUAUGAUGUAAGGACAGGUAGUCUGGAGGUCCUGAAUGGCACUAAAAAGGACUUUGAGAUGAGCUGUGGAAAGCUACUGCUACGUGGAGAGAGACCAAUUUUUAACCCUGUUGCCCCUUUAAAAGGAGGUGACUGACAGGGGUUGUAUGGAUGCAAGUGAAUUAAAGCUGGAACUGGAUGCAUACUGUUCCUGUGAUCAUUUAUAUCUAUAAAAUUAGACAUUAGACAUGAAUCGCAGCAUACUUUUAUUGCAGGAGUAAGUUUAUCUGGUAAGAGGUGAGGGUAUAACAACUCCUGAAACAAACGUAACAGCUUCUUAAUGUGUCUAUCUUUGAAGUAGUCUGUUGUCAAAUAAAGAAUUUAUCUCAUUUAGGAGUUCUCUAAUCAUAAUAACUUCUCAUAAAACACCUUAUAACAUAACUUUAAUAACGUGCUGACUUGUCUAUCAAAUGUAUUAGAAAGUAUAACUGAGGACAAACAAGACUGUUGUGUUGAUGUUCACCUUAGGGAUGAAAUCUUAGCUGUGUCUGAGUUUAUGGUAUACUGUAUUAUCCUUUCAAAAGCACCCACAUAACAUUCCUGUCAUUUGCUUCCACUUGGAAGUGGGUUAUUUGAAUGCACUCUUCAAUAUUUGUUCAAAGACAAGUUUCAGUUUGUUCAUGCCAAAUAGAUUUUCCAUUGUGUUUGACUUUGUUAAUAAGGUUUUUAUGUGAGUCAUAUGGAGGCAGAAAAAAAUCAUCAGUAAUGACAACAAGCUGUACUUUGAUACUAUCAAUAAUAUGAUCCGUAUAGUCUUACCUAGCAUUGUUUAAACCAAGAGAGAGCAUUUAAAAAUGUCACCCCGUCUCAUUUUGAAGAUGCUUUAAUGUUUCAAAGCCAACAAAAGCUGUUGAAACAUGCUCUUUAUUUGCCCUUUAAUAAUAGCGAGCUUCCCAGCUAAAGAAGACAUGACUUUAUGCCUCAAGGUUCCUUUGCUCUCAUUAUAUGGGGAUCACAACAGAGAGAGAGAGGACUUGAGUGUUCAAAGGGAGGAAG